UUGCCGCCAGAAUAUAGGUGUCGGUGAAAACCAUCGCAGAAACCUAAGCCAAAAUGGGAAAGGAGAAGACCCAUAUCAACAUCGUCGUCAUUGGACACGUCGAUUCUGGCAAGUCCACCACAACUGGUCAUCUGAUCUACAAAUGUGGUGGGAUCGACAAGAGAACCAUCGAAAAAUUCGAGAAGGAAGCUGCUGAGAUGGGAAAGGGCUCCUUCAAGUCUGCCUGGGUCUUGGAUAAGCUGAAAGCCGAACGGGAACGUGGCAUCACCAUUGAUAUUUCCCUGUGGAAAUUUAAGACCAGAAAGUACUAUGUGACCAUCAUCGAUGCCCCUGGACACAGAGACUUCAUUAAAAACAUGAUUACAGGAACAUCACAGGCUGACUGUGCUGUCCUCAUCGUUGCUGCUGGUGUGGGUGAAUUUGAAGCUGGUAUAACCUCUUUUUAUAUUUCAGAACAAAAUGGUUCAAGACACACUUGCAAUAAUACUCAUCAAUAUAACAAAUAUUCCAUUCCCAAAGGGGUUUAUAACCACAAGCACAGAGGUGCAAUUUUAAAACCUAGAUUACUGGAGAAUGUAAUUAAAACCGUUAACAUCAACCAGUUGGACUUUUUAGCAAUGAGGACUGGGAAAUAA